GGUGGAAGGUGGGUGGGUAAUUCUGUCACAGAGGAGCUGGCCUCCUGAACUCAGCAGAUAGUUCAUGUGCAGGGGACCUUAGUAUCUGGGACCAAGACACAUUACUACAGUCAUGCCUUUUGCAGGGAGGUGAGCUCACCAGGAAUCAUCUGCUAUUUCAGACUCCUUGUUAUUACUGGCCAGGGGCCCCUGUCGCUGAGAAGAAAUGGUGGAUCUCCCAGUCUUCCCAGACUCCUGCCAGAGAGGGCCUCUCCCCAGCAGUGUCUUCUUCCUCACCCAUCUCUUUCUUCUCCUCCAGCCUGGAAAGCUGAACUCAGAGGAGGAGGUCAGGGUGGUAGGCCCCGGGGAGCCCAUCCUGGCACUCGUCGGGGAAGACGUGGAGUUCUCGUGCCACCUGUCACCAUACCUGGAUGCCGAGGAUAUGGAGAUCCGCUGGUUCCGGAGUCAGAUCUCUGACGUGGUGCACCUGUACCAGGGGCGACAAGAGCUCUACAGCCAGCAAAUGGCACAGUUCCAGAACAGGACAAAACUCAUCAAGGAUUAUAUCAUAGAUGGAAGUGUGAACUUGUGGCUCCAUGGUGUCGUUCCUGCUGAUGAGGGCCUGUACGGGUGCCGUUUCCUCUCCAGCAGCUUCUCCAAGGAAGCCAUCUGGGAACUGGAGGUAGCAGGGCUGGGCUCAGACCCUCGCAUCUCCCUUGAGGGCUUCAAUAAGGGAGGUGUUCAGCUGAGGUGCAGCUCCAGUGGCUGGUACCCCAAACCCCAGGCUCAGUGGAAAGAUCAUAAAGGACAGUGCUUAUCUCCCGAGACGGAAACAAUUGUCCAGGAUGCUCACGGCCUGUUCAAUCUGGAAAUAUCUGUGCUUGUCCAAGGAGAUGUCCAUAGCAAUGUGUCUUGCUCCAUCCAGAACUCUCUCCUGCUCCAGAAGAAAGAGUUCACCAUCCAGAUAGCAGAUGCCUUUUUACCCGGAGGCUCCCCUUGGAAGCGGGCUUUCCUCGGGACGCUGGUGGCUCUGCCGCUCCUACUGGCUCUCCUCAUGACGCUGGCGCUGUACUUCUUUCAGAAGCAACGGCAGUGCCAAGAAAAGCUGAGAAAGCAUGCUGAGAAGGACAAAGAGAGACUCACAGCGGAACUGGGAAAGCUUCAGACAGAACUUGACUGGAGAAGGGCUGAAGGCCAGGCUGAGUGGAGAGCAGCCCAGCAAUAUGCAGUGAACGUAACCCUUGAUCCGGCCUCUGCGCACCGCAGCCUGGAAGUCUCCCAGGAUGGCAAGAGCGUGUCCUCCUGCAGAGCAGAGCUCAACCCCGUGGUGGGGGACCCCCAGCGGUUCUCUGAGCAGACGUGUGUGCUGAGCUAUCAGCGCUUCUCUGCUGGGCGGCACUACUGGGAAGUGCAUGUGGGCAGGCGCAGCCGCUGGUUCCUGGGUGUGUGUCUGGCCUCCGUGCCGCGCACAGGGCAGGUGCACCUAAGCCCAGCCAACGGCUACUGGGUGCUGGGGCUGUGGAACCGCUGCGAGUACUUCAUCCUGGACCCACAUCGCAUUGCGCUCACCCUGCGUGUGCCGCCGCGGCGUGUGGGCAUCUUCCUGGAUUGGGAGGCAGGAAAACUAUCCUUCUUCAACGUGUCAGAUGGCUCCCACAUCUUCACCUUCACAGACACCUUCUCAGAGACGCUCUGUGCGUAUUUCAGACCCAGAUCUCACGACGGUAGUGAACACCCAGAUCCCCUCACCAUCUGCCCAUUGCCUGUCAGAAGGACAUGCAACCUUGAAGAGGAUGAGCUUGAUACCUGGUUACAGCCCUAUGAGCCCUCGGAUCCCACCCUGGGCCUGUGGUGAGGCACUCUCUUGCCUGCUCUGGCAAGGUUCUUUGGCAGCUUCCCGGAUCCCUGGCUGGGAUUUGCUCUCCCACUUCCUCUAGAGUGGAGGAAACAUCACCAAAAUGUCAGCAAAGGCUAAAGACUGCACAGAAGAGACAAAAAAAAAAAAAAGAAAAAAGAAAAAAAGAAAUUUUGCCUAUAGGUGUAUGCAUAUAUAUUAUAUGAUUUUCUUUAAUGAGUAGAGGGAAUUCCAAAGCUCAUUUGUGUGUAUGGUAGGAGUAAGCAAAGGAGGAACAAUAAGUUCAUGUUGUUGGGAACCAGAGUGUGUACUGUGGGAGACCAGAAAGAAACUAGAAUAGGGGAGAGAUGGUGGGAAACCUUACCGGAGUGGAUAAGAGGUAUCAGUUAACCUGUGUUUUUAAAUACUUUUUUUUAAUCUGUUUUUUUUUUCUUUUUUUUAAAUUUAAUUUAAUUUUUUCAGUGUUCCAAGAUUCAUUGUUUAUGCACCACACCCAGUGCUCCAUGCAAUAUUUAUACGUAUUCUAGCUCCAAAAUGUCUGGAAGCAAUGACACCUCAUAAGUAGGGAGUUCACUUAGGGCUUAGAUCCCAGUUUUAAAUGUCAUUUCCCACUGAGAUGAACUUGGAGAAAUGGCUGAUUACAGGGCUGGAGCAGAGAAGUUCCAGGGUUGGAACAUCUUGUGUUCAGAUGUGCUCUGAAACUAAUGGGGCCACAGAAACCAGGUGAACUUUAAAAUGAAUCAUGAUAAGGAUGAAUAAUGACAAGAAUUGAUUAACAAGGGAUUGGGCAAAUAAGAAAAUUCCCUACAUCUGCCGAGAGGUUUUUCAGUCAGAAAUGAAAUACAGAACUACAGAAAGUGGAAAGAAGAAAAUGAAAGAGUAACUCUGUGAACUCAUGGUUUUUACAAUGUAUGGAUAGAUGGAGCAUAUGCACACACCUGAAAAAUAGGUAGAUAGAUUUAUGUGUGCACAUAUAAGGUUCCUGGCUCUGUCAGUUUUGACAGCAUAAGAACAAUAACACUUCAGUACCAAUGAACACAAUUAGCAUCCAAAACUGAGUUGUUGUUUUUUUUCAAAGAUUUUAUUUAUUUAUUUGAGAGACAGAGAUCACAAGUAGGCAGAGAAGCAGGCAGAGAGAGAGAGAGAGGAAGCAGGCCUCCUGAGCAGAUAGCUGGAUGAAAUGCAGGGCUGCGAUGUGGGGCUCGAUCACAGGACCCUGAGAUCAUGACCUGAGCGGAAGGCAGAGGCUUUAACCCCCUGAGCCACCCAGGCACCCUCAGAACUGAGUUUUUAUCACUAUUUUCCACUAAAAGGAACCAAGUCUCCUUUGAGAAGUGGUUGACUCCAGGACUGAGUCAGGAAAAAUACAAGAUAGGUGUGAUAUUAUGAUUAAUGCAAAGUAUAUGGUCAUCCACCUAGAUUCUGGCACAGAACUCUAAAAACCCUUAAAAUUUCCUAAGUGAUAAGAGCUAUCGGGAUGUCUUUUGAUAUUCAUAACAAGCCCCUUUCAAUCACACCUCAUUUAUGUUAAUGAAAUGACUUCUGGAAAGCCCCCUAAAGGGAGCUGGUUUUCUAGGGAACCAAGUAUGUGAUUAAAAGGUUGAAGUUUAGCCCCUGUCCAUCUACCCUUGAACUCAGAGAGUGAAGAGAGACUGGAGAUUAAGUUCAGUCACCAAUUGCUGACCCACACCUAUGUGGUCAAUUAAUCUUCCACAAAGCAGGAAAGAAUAUCAGGAAAGAGAGUGUCUUUAACACAUGGUGUUGGAAAACUGGACUAUUUUCUUAAACCACACACGAAAAUGAACUCAAAAUGGAUGAAAAACCUAAAUUUGAGACAGAAAGCCAUCAAAAUCCUAGAGGAGAACACACGCAGCACCUUCUUUGACAUCUACCACAACAACUUCUUAGUAGACAUGUUUCUGGAGGCAAGGGAAACAAAAGCAAAAAUAAACUACUGGGAUUUCAUCCUGAUAAGAACCUUAUCAGAAGGAAAUAAUCAACAAAACUAAAAAGCAAUCUACUGAAUGGGAGAAGGUAUUUGCAAAUGACAUAUCUGAUAAAAGAUUAGUAUCCAAAAUCUAUAAAGAACUUAUAAAACUCAACACCCCCAAAACCAAAUAAUCCCAUUAAAAAAUGGUCAAAAGACACGAAGAGACAUUUUUCCAAAGGGGACAUACAGAUGGCUAACAGACACAUGAAAAAAUGCUCCACAUGAGUCAUCAUCCGUGAAAUGCAAAUCAAAACUACAGGGAGAUACUACUUCACAACGGUCAGAAUGGCUGAAAUGAACAACACAGGAAAGAACAGGUGUUGGCAAGGAUGCAGAGAAAGGGGAAACCUCUCACACUGUUGGUGGGAAUGCAAACUGGUACACUACUCUGGAAAACAGUGUGGAGGUUCCUUAAAAACUUAAAAAUAGAGCUACCCUAUGACCCAGCAUUCGCAUUACUGAGUACUGAGCUGAAGAAUACAAGAAGACUAAGUCAAAGGGAUACACGCACUGCCAUGUUUAUUGCAGCAUUAUUUACGAUAGCCAAGAUAUGGAAGCCGCUGAUGAAUGGAUAAAGAAGAGGUGGUAUAUAUGUAAAAUGGAAUAUUACUCAGCCAUAAAAGAUGAACUCUUGCCAUUUGCAAUGACGUGGAUGGAGCUAGAGAGUAUAAUGCUAAGGGAAUUAUUUCAGACUUAUGUCAGUCAGAGAAAGACAAACAUCAUAUGAUUUCACUCAUAUGAGGAAUUUAAGAAACGAAGCAAGUGAGCAAAGGGGAAAAAAAGACAAACUAAAAAACACUCUUAAAAGCUUUGCACAGUGGCAGUAUCGUAGCCAAUGAGGUUUAUCCGAGGCGCGAUUAUUGCUAAUUGAAAAACACUCUUAAUUCUAGAGAAUAAACUGGUGGUUACCAGAGGGGGGUGUGAUGGGGGAAUGAGUUAAACAGGUGAUGGGGAUGAAGAAGGUCACUUGCUGUGAUGAGCACCGACUACUGUUGUAUGGAAGUAUUGAAUCACUAUAUUGUAUGCGUAAAACUAAUAUUACCCUCUAUGUUAACUAACUAGACUUUAAAUAAAAACUUUAAAAAAAUUUUUUAAAUAACACAACAAAAACUUUAAAAAAUGCUAAGUGAAAUAUGUCAGUCAGAGAAAGACAAAUAUCAUAUGAUUUCACUUGCAUGUGGAAUUUAAGAAACAAAUGAGCAAAGGGGGAAUAAAGAGAGACAAACCAAAUGAGACACCUUAAUUAUAGAGAAAAAAUUGAUGGUUAUCAGAGGGGAGAGGAUUGAUGGGAUGGGCGAAAAGGUGAUGGGGACUAAGGAGAGCACUUGUGAUGAGUACCUGGUGAUGUAUGAAUUGUUCAAUCACUGUAUUGUACACCUGAAAGUAAUACAACAUUAUAUUAACAAGCAGAAUUAAAGUAAAAACUUUUUUAAAAUUAUGGUCUUGUUAACAUACCAUGUAUGAUAUUCAGAAAAAGUUAGUUUUCUGUAAUCAUUUGCAUUAGUGUGCUAAUAUUUUGGGGUCCUACUCACAAAUAUUAUAUGGUAACAUUAAAAAUAUAUUCCUUGACUGUAUACAAUGAUUAUCUGUUCCUUUUAUUGUUUUUUUACAUUAUUAUUUUUUUUGGAUUAUUCAAAUUAAACAGGUUUAUUGGAAAUAUGCAUUAUAAUCUUCAGAGAAAAU